GAUGCCGCCAUGCAGCACUACGGGGUGAAUGGCUAUUCCCUGCACGCCAUGAAUUCACUCAGCGCCAUGUACAACCUGCACCAGCAGGCAGCCCAGCAGGCCCAGCACGCCCCCGACUACCGGCCAUCAGUGCACGCGCUUACGCUGGCUGAGCGCCUAGCUGACAUCAUCUUGGAGGCCCGCUAUGGCUCCCAGCACCGCAAACAGCGUCGUAGUCGCACAGCAUUCACAGCCCAGCAGCUUGAGGCCCUGGAGAAGACCUUCCAGAAGACUCAUUACCCAGAUGUGGUGAUGCGCGAGAGGCUGGCCAUGUGUACCAAUCUGCCUGAGGCCCGUGUGCAGGUCUGGUUCAAGAACCGCAGGGCCAAGUUUCGAAAGAAGCAGCGCAGCCUGCAGAAGGAACACCUCCAGAAGCAGAAGGAGGCCGAGGGUUCCCACGGAGAAGGCAAGAUGGAGGCCCCAGCCUCAGACACCCAGCUGGAGGCGGAACAGCCUCCCAGUCUGCCCAGUGGUGACCCCCCUGCUGAGCUUCAAUUGAGCCUGUCGGAGCAAUCAGCCAGUGAGUCGGCCCCUGAAGAUCAGCUGGACCGUGAGGAGGACUCCCGGGCUGGGGCCGAGGAGCCCAAAGCUGAAAAGAGCCCUGGAUCUGAGAGCAAGGUGCUGGGCUGCAAGAGGGGCAGCCCCAAGGCAGAUUCCCCAGGCAGCCUGCCCAUAACUCCCGCAGCGGCCGGGGGAGGCCUCCUGGGCCCUUCCCAUUCCUACUCGUCGUCCCCGCUCAGCCUCUUCCGUCUGCAGGAGCAGUUUCGCCAGCACAUGGCAGCCACCAACAACUUGGUGCACUACUCGUCUUUUGAAGUGGGAGGUCCGGCGCCUGCUGCAGCUGCAGCUGCGGCUGCUGCAGUACCCUACCUAGGUGUCAACAUGGCCCCACUGAGCUCACUGCACUGCCAGUCGUACUACCAGUCCCUGUCAGCAGCUGCGGCUGCCCACCAGGGUGUGUGGGGGUCCCCAUUGCUGCCGGCGCCCCCUACAGGCCUGGCACCUGCCUCAGCUGCCCUGAACAGUAAAACCACGAGCAUUGAAAACCUUCGCCUCCGGGCCAAGCAGCACGCAGCCUCCCUGGGACUCGACACACUUCCCAACUGACUGGCUUCCAACCCAGCCAUGGUCUUGUGUGUUCCCCCGUCUCAGACCCAUGGUUAUCCCCAGAAGGCUCUCCAAGAAUUAAUCUUGAGAGCUCAGGGAUGCUGGGGCCUGGAGUCCUCUCACCCCGUGCCCCUUCUUCAGAGUCCCAGCCCCAACCCACACACCCUCUGCAUGACCCUGCUUGGACCCCGUGGAGGUCAAAUGGGGAGGAGGUGAGCAACUGGCUAGAUCCCCUCCUCAGUAUUGCCUCCUCCCUCCUGGCCCUCCCCACUAGUAAGCUGAUGUGUGGAAUGUGAGAUAUAAAUAUAAAUAUAUAAAACUAUAUUUUCAGGCAUUGCCUGCCCCCCACCGCCCCAUCACAUUGCCAUUGCUACCCUUGCCUCUGAAAUUCUCUCUCUCUCUCUCUCUCUCUCUCUCUCUCUCUCUCUCUCUCUUUCUCUCUCCUUCCCUCCCUCCAUCUUUCCCUCUCUCUCUUUCCUCCCUUGAUUUCCCCCCCAGUCCCACGGCCUCUGUCUCGAUCCUGUCUCCCUGCCUACCUGGCUCUAACCGCUAGGCCAUCCCUCCGCCUCUGGUUUCUUCUGUUGGUGUUGGCUGUGUUAGUGUCCUGUAUUCUCAAAUAGUGUUUUGUUUAGGGGUUGUGGCUUUUGGUUUUAGAAAUUUCGUUUCUUCCUGUUUCUCUUCUGCCCUGCCUGCCUCUCUCCCCGCCUAGCCUGAACACUCUCUGGGCGGCUCUUCCACUCUAUGCCCCAAGAUUCCUACUUGGAGGCCCUGGAGCAACAGGCAGGAGGUAACCCCAGCCCCACAGCGUCUCCCAGAUAUUAGGAAGGGCUCCAGCCACUUUUUCUUCUCUUACUUCUUGUCUUGGAAGUACCAGCUCCCCACACUGUAGAGCGGCAUGUGGCGGCAUUGGCCAGGCUUGCAGUAGAACAGAUGACAUCAUUGUAGGGCCCUAGAGGUCCCUGUCAGUGAGUGAAGCACGUGGUCUCAGGAUUUGUUGCCUUUCUGUCUCAGAGGCAGUUGUGGGAGAAGAAGUUGUGUCUAGUUAUCACUGGCACGGUAAGGGGUGUUCUUGCCCGUCUAGGCAACCCUGCUCUGCAGACUCCCUGUCAGGGUGGUGUGACCUUGGGCAGGCACAGUGUUUCCUGGGAUGGUCUUGGAUAAGAUGACGUAGAAGAUUCUGUCCGUUUCCAACCACCCAGCAUUCUGUGCCCACAGGUUUGGAGGGCAGGGGCUUUUUUAUUUAAAUUUAACAAUAACGACUCAGCACAGACACUUAGAAAAGCCUGAUGUGUAAGUUAGAACAUUAUUGCUGUUUACUGAGGAACAAUGCAUCCUGCAUACAUGAAGCUCUCUGUGGAUACUGCCUCAGUUUCUCUGUAAGUGUAAUGGAUCCUUUCUAGGUUAGAUAAUCUGGAUUUGAGCCUAUUUUUCUUGGAUUCCAGUGCUAGCCUUGGGGGCUACUCCAUUUUCAUGCCCAUGGUGGGGGUGGGCUUAGAUCCCUGGUUAUGAUUCCCCAGUCCUUUGCCUCGCCACUGAACCCUGAAUCCCAGGCUGAGAGGGUGGCCUGGCAUGACUGGCCUACAGAGCCAACAGUGCCCACUUUAGCAAGGUCAGUCUGGACUAGGGUAGGAGGAGAAGGCUCCAGCCAGUAAAAAGCGGGGAGGUCAAUAAAACCUGAGCUGGGAAAAGGACAAAAGCAAAUAGGAGAGGUGAGCAUGAGUGGACCGUUGAACAGGAGGGGACCGGCCUCGUGAGAGGUGGGCCAGAAAGGCCUAGAAUCUAGCCUCACAUCCCACUUCCUGGCAGCAAGCACCAAAGGCAGGCAGUCCAGGGUUUCUGAACAAGGGGUGUCUCCCUGGGAUCUGGAAUCUUGAAGUUGAGUCCAAAGCCAUGGGAACAUCAGAGAAGGAGAGACUUGGCCAGGGAGACAGAAGGGGCUCUAGGCUGAGGAGGGUUCCGUGGGCCAUGACUAACGGAUUGUGGUGAGCUUCAGGAAGUUGUGUUUCUAAAGCAUCUCAACUGGACCAGGCACAAGGCUGAAACAGUUUGUCUAUUCCUGGGUGCAAAUGACUGUCUCUGGGACUUGGUUCGCAACAUUUCUAGGCAUUCAUACCCAGAAGGAGCAAGGCCAUCUGGAGUUGUAUUCUGUCAUGGCAGAAGCCAGGGCUCCCUAGGCUUUUCAAAGCUCUCUCUGAUUUGGCUGGUAGUUCUCCCACAGUGCUGACACGAGCCCACAGGCCAGAGAAGAAAGGGAAGACACAUGCAGCGUUUAUCCUCGAGGAUCUCGAGGGAGUUUAAGGUACCAGAGUCAGGUACUUAAAGCAACUGAAAGAGAAGGGGUUGGUGAGAUAGCUAACCAUGCCUCCUUGUGAAGGUUAGAAGGUACAAGCUUGGGUUGGGCCCACCUGAUUCUAUUGAUGGACUCUCUCCCAGGCCUUCUGGUCACCCAGGGCACAGAACCUGAGGAUCGAACCCUUCCAAGCCCCUCUACAAAAGAGUCUUGUACCUUUCUGCUCCUUCCUGUUUGAGGUCUCCUUCGCCUUGCUUCCUCACUUCCCUGAGCAUGGUCCAGGGGCCUGGGUCCCCACCUCUAAGCAGAGGCUGAUGCGCAAUAUAGACUGCUUUCCAAACCAGCUAUUCUGUGACCAUUUGUGCUUAGAGGUUGUACCAGCCCGUGGCAAAAACACCGUGUAUUGUAUUUAUUUAUUCUGUUAGUUGAAGAAACAAAACGCAAACCACUCUCUCUCCCUUAUCCUGCCCCCCUGCGUAGCACAGCAUGAUGCUCUGUCCUGUGUAUCUGUCUGUCAGUCUUUUGGUCUUACUUCCUGUGACUUUGUGACCUGUUCUUUGUCCUAAUUGGCUAAUAAAAGAGAACCUGGCAGCAUAGCCCUUGACCCAUAUUCAUUCCCAGAGAUGCCUACAGUGGGCUGAGUAGGUGGCGUUUCAGAGUCUCACAGUGACUAGAGGGACACGGCGCAGGUUUGCCUUGAGACAGGCGGCUUCUCUGCUGCUCUUGCAACAAUCUCCAUGACUCUUACUUGCCCAUAGCUCGUGCUCAUGUGCCACUUUGGGGAAGUCAUCGGGAGCAGGGAGUAUGGUACAGUUCUAUUUUCUCUGGCCUUUUUGGGGUCUCACCCAAGGACAGGUGGCAGGGCAGUCUGGGGCAGGCUACACUUACCGCUGUUUGGAGUAGCCUGGGGGAUAGUUCUGCAGGGUGGAGAGACCAGAAUAAUAUGUGAAGCCUCCAGCAAGCCAGAGCCAAAGCUGAAUACCAGGAAUGCACAUUUGAAUUUCUAGGCACGGUGGCACACAUGUGUCAUCCCAGCACUUGAUGUAUGGAGGCA